AUGUCCACGUCCGACGAAAUGGUGCUCUUUGACGCCGGAGCAGGUCAGGCCCAAGGAUCAAGGAAGUAUCAGGAGGAUCGAUGCACGGUCGUCCUGCCGGAACAGUUCCCCGCCAAAACGAAAGAGAGGCUAGCCUUCUUUGCGAUAUACGAUGGGCAUGGGUCUGCAUUGGUGGCAGAGCACGCCAGCAAGAGGUUACACCACCUCUUGGCUACGCGACCCGAAUUGGAGACAGGGGACUACGUAGCAGCCCUCAAGGCUGCGUUGGCAGACGAGGACGCUCUGUUGCUGGAGCGAUUCAACAGUGAUUCAGCCGAGCCUGCAAUCUCCGGAUCCACUGCAGCUGUAUGCCUGGUGAACCUCACCCAGGGUGAACUGAUCGUCUCCAACCUAGGCGAUUCACAUGUUAUUCUGGCGGAGAGAGAUCCCAAAACAGAUCGUCCCUAUCAUAUCCGCCGACUCACCGAAGAACACAAGCCCGAAGUGCCCAGGGAACGACGACGUAUCGAAGAGGCCGGGGGCGAAGUCACUAUGCGUGGUGGCACAGCGCGACUCGGAUCUUUGAAUAUGUCGAGGGCUCUAGGAGACUUGCAGUACAAGAACCCUGUCAAGGAGGAACAUGACCCAGAUUCCCGGCCCGGUGCACGGCGCGGUUCGUCGUCGUCGGCCGAGAGCUUCCUGUCCAACGACCCAUUUACGUCGCGACGAACGCUACAGGCGGACCGACGCUAUCUGUUAGUGAUUGUAUCGGAUGGAGUCAGUGAUAGCACCGAGGACGCGGCCCUGAUUCAACACGUGAUGGAAUUGGCGAUGCGGGGGAGGCGGGCCAGUGAGAUCGCACAAGAGGUUGCCACCAACAAUACUCUGCAUAUUAAGAGUGAUAAUGCCUCUUGUGUCGUGGCCAUGUUAGACGGGCAGAGAUCGUAG